AUGGAUGCACAGCAGCGAGCCUGUCGGGCGUACGUUGCGCGCCGUGUGAUUUCCCUCACAGAUGCGACAGACCUUUCUGAAGGAUCAACACAACAAUCUGUUACUAAGCUUUGUGAGGAUGCGCUGAGGGUCCCUCGCGCCGCCGCCGUGUGUGUAUGGCCGUGGGCAGUCAAGUUCAUCAAAUACGGGCUUCCCAGUCGCCUGCCAGAGGCUGCGCAACUAACAGUUGCCACGGUACUGAAUUUUCCAACGGGCAAAGGCAAUGUCGAGACCGUGACAGCCGAGGCAAUCCAGGUCAUCAGCGACGGGGCCGAUGAAUUGGAUCUUGUAGUAGACUGGGAACUCCUGAACCGCGAUGCUAAAGCCGGCGAGACGGCACUCAGGGCUCUCGUUACUGCAGUCCGCCAGGUUUCGGGUACGGCAUUGCUUAAAGUCAUUCUAGAGACGGGAAUGCUCUGUAGUGAUGUCCCUGAUCUGGUCUUCCGCGCGAGCAUGGCUGCGUUGGAGAGUGGCGCAGAUAUGCUAAAGACAUCGACAGGAAAGGUCGCCGUAAAUGCAACCCUGCCCGCAGUAAGGGAUAUGUGUCAUGCUAUCAAGAAGUAUCAGGCUUUGCAUACAGAUAGCAGGAUUGUUGGCAUCAAAAUAGCGGGAGGAGUGAAAUCUCUCGACGUAGCUGCACAGUAUUUGAGUCUAGUCACUGAUGAGCUCGGCGCCGACUUCAUCACGAAGAAGACGUUUCGCAUUGGUGCAUCUUCUCUUCUUGCAGUGGCGCGGGAAUGCGUUGUGUAG